AUGGGCUACGCGCAUCCAAAAUUUCCUUAUGAAAUUCCAGCCAUAUUCCUUCACCCUGUCACCUUACGUCCGACAAUGGAAGAACACGCCUGGAAAAAAUACAGCGCUCAGAAACUCCGGUCAUCUUCCUGUAACGACGAUGUCAAUUUCCUCGAUGAUUUUCAUCUAUCCCGAAAUUUUAGCAAAAUGAAGUCCUUUACGGAUUCUAAUAAUCUCCCUGUUCUUAGAGAAACUUCUAUGAAUCUCGGCUCAUCUAUGGUGGAAAUGCAGAACGACCCUAGAUGUGCUAAUUUAUUGGGAUUCCCCUGUUCCCCUAGUCGGGCCGAAAGACCUUACAAUCGGCCCGAAUUUUGUAGCUCGCAGUUGAGUCCUCGAUUUUACAGAGCCAACGGGAAUGGAAAUUUCCAGUGGUAA